AUGAGUCAACAAGCACGUCCUGCCAAAUCCGUUGAAGGUUAUAUAAUCAUUGUAACUGGUUUGCAUCCAGAGACUUCUGAAGAGCAGCUUGAAGAUCUGUUUGCAGAUUUCGGACCCGUUAAAAAUCUGCAUUUAAAUUUGGACCGACGAACUGGUUAUGUCAAGGGCUAUGCAUUAAUCGAGUAUGCCAAGUUAGAGCAAGCUGAAGAUGCUGUUCGUCAGACUUCAUUAAUGUUAUUAGAAAGAAAAUUAGAGGUUGACUUUGCAUUUCUGGAACCUCCUUCGCGUCCUCGCAGAUCCUCUUUGGAUUCUCGUAGUCGUAGUCCUUCGCCUCGACCCAGUCGCGAUGAUCGUGACAUUAAUAUGGAAGUAUCAUGA